AUGGAACCGACGACCACGGCGCAUGACUUGAAAACUUCCAAGAACGACCUCAAAACGCCCCCAGUCGACGAAACAGCACAAAUCGACAUUGAUAAUGGCUCCACGACCACGUACAUCGAUCCAGCUCAGGAACGUAAAGUCCUACGGAAAUUCGACCUCUUCGCAAUCGGCCUCUUCGGCCUCUUCUACGCCAUGGCAAACCUCGACAGAAGCAAUUUAGGCAACGCCCAGAUCGCCGGGAUGCCAGAAGACAUCGGGCUCGUGGGGAAUCAAUUCGGGACGGCGACGACGUUGCUGUACGCAACCUACGUUCCCUUCGAAGCCCCCGCGGCUCUCCUCCCCAAGAAGAUCUCCCCAAAAUACCUCAUGUCGUUUUGUGCGUUUUCUUGGGGCUUGACGACACUUGACAUGGGAUUCAUCCAAGACUAUAAAGGCCUCUACGCCUGCCGCCUCCUGAUCGGUCUCUUCGAGAGUGGCCUCAUUCCCUCCAUCAACGUUUACAUCGCCAUGGUGUACAAGAAGUCGGAGAGAGGGAAACGUUCUGCCGUGGUUUUCGCCUUUAAUGCCUUUUCGAGUGCGUUCGGAGGCGUCCUCGCCUUUGGACUCACGCAAAUCCGUGGGCCGAACGGGUUCGAGGGAUGGCGAUGGCUCUUCAUAGUCGAAGGGCUGCUAACCCUCCUCCUCGUCCCCCUCUCUUACACCCUCUUCCCCGCCACCCCCACAACCGCCUGGUUCCUCACCGCCCCCGAAAAACACCUCAUGACCCUCCGCUACACCCAAAAAACCUCCCACUUCGCCCUCGACGAACCCUUCGCCUGGACCGCCGUCGUCAGCGCUUUCACGGAUACGAAGUGGUACGCCUUCUGGAUCUAUCAGUUCUGCUGCGAUGUCUCGCUGUAUGGGCUCACGACGUUCAUGCCGGCGACUGUGCAGGGGUUGGGGUAUUCGUCUGUUCAAGCGAAUUUGAUGACGGUGCCGGUGUUCAUGGUUUCGUUGGUGGUGUUUCUCGUCAUUGCGUGGGCUUCGGAUCGCACGGGAUUGAGAGGGCCGUAUCUUCUCGGUGCUCUAACAAGUCUAAUCAUCGGCUACGCAAUCCUCAUCUCUGUGGAGAAUUUGAAGGCGAGGUACUUUGCCUGCUUCAUGGCCGCAAUAGGCAUCUACCCAACCACCGGCCUCUCCCUCAUGUGGCUGCAAGACAACGCCGCAGGCCACUACAAACGCGCCACCAUGGUCGGUAUGACCCUGACUCUCGGCAACACGGCCGGCGUGGCAGUCGGCCAGAUCUUCACGACCGAGUCGAAACCUCGCUAUAUCGAAGGUAUGUCCAUCGCCCUCGGGCUCGCUUGCGUGAGUAUGGCGAUGGUAGUCGCCUUGAUGGGCGGUAUGGCGUAUGUCAAUGGCAAGAGGGCGAAGGCGAUCAAGAAGGCGGAAGAAGAAGGGAAGGAGAUAGAGCCGCGGCCGGGAAAGGGGGAUUAUGAUGUGCACUUCAGGUAUUCUUUGUAG